AUGAGAAGUUGGUUCCACAAGAAGCCCGAGGCUUCAAUGACCAGUCCCCUCAGGACCCGUUUCCCUUCUGCCCCCCCCAGUGCUAUAGUGUUGGUACAUACGAUGGUGGCCUCCCAAUGUUUGGGGACGCGGCGCACGACAGCUGGUUGCGCUGCGAUUUGCGGACUAGGGGCCGUAGUGUUUGGAUUGGCAAGUUCUGAGACCGGUUUGUCAGUUGGCUUGUUAUUCAUUGGUGUUGGUGGAGCUGGGGUGCAAAUAUGUUUGCAGUCAACAUCGGCGUUGUUUCCUAAGAACCGUUCAUUGGUCAUGGCAAGCUUGAGUGGGUCUUUUCAGCUAGCCUCAAGCGUAUUUCUCAUCAUGGAGACCAUGCAUCGAUUAGUGCAGGUGUCGAGGCAGGCGCUGUUCCUCGGAUACGCAGCCAUUUUGUUAUUCGUGUCGGGCCUUUCUCUUAUCAUUUGGCCAGUUCUGCCUUUUGGCGUAACUCGGAGGCUUUCGAACCAAUCACCCCAUGGGCUCCCUGUAGAGCAAAAGGUCGAAGUAUUGGCCCUCAAAGAUCGUUGCUUUCGAGAUCAAGUGUUCUCGCCAGAGUACAUCGUCAUGGUCGCCUAUUUUACGCUCGCUGUCCUGCAGGCACAAUUCAUUAUACAGACCCUUGGAGUUCAGUUUCAGCUUAUGGGUUUGAACUCCGCAGGGCUUGUUCGCAUCUUCAACGUGGUGUUUUCCUUUACUUGGACGAUCACGCCACUAGUCGGUCACGCCAUCGACAAAUGCGGAACAGUCAGAGUUCUGAUAUUCAUGAACACGUUGUUGCUGUGUUGCCCUGUAUGCCUGCUGACGCAGAUGUAUCCCGUGCAACUUGCGUUUACAUUCGCCUACGGGAUAAGUCGUGUUAGCAUUUGGGCUGCCUACUUCUCUUAUGUAGGAACCAUUUUUGGGUUUUCGAACUACGGGAAGUUGGCCGGCGGCGGGCUGUUUUUUGCAGCGUUUGUCUCUCUGCUCCAGAUACCACUGCUUCAUUUGACCCUCAUCUUUUUUGGAGGAGACUUCACCUUCGUCAAUUGUCUUUUCGCCGCUAUCUGUGUCUCCAUGUACCCUUUGAUCGGUGCCCUGGAGGUCAUGGAGCGGAAGGCACCCCACGCCGCGACUUGCCUGGCUGUCCGCAAACCUCCAGCACCCGAGCCGAGCUCGAGCGGAGACGAUGGCACCGACGCGCCGGGAGCUGUGCAAGCGAUGCCGGACGCGGGCGCGCCUGCGCGGGGUGGCGUCGAGUCUGCA